AUGAAGUUACAACUUACAUCAUUAUAUAAGAAGAGAAUAGAUGAUGGCUUCGAGUUCAAUGUGUUGUUAGUUGGUGACUUGUUCAAAUCAACAAGGAAUCAUCUAUUGUUUGGUUGUACAGAUGGUCGUAUCAUAUUAUAUAGAGGUGAUAUCAUCACCAAUGACAACAUAAACAACAACAACAACAACAAUGACACAACAAUAACAAAGAUAACAUCAUGUAUAGAAGAGGUAUUAGAGUCCAAAGGUGCAUCCAUUCAAUCACUAUGUCUAUCGGAUAUCACACGCUUUGGAGGCAUUGACAUUGUCAGUGGAGACAGUCAUGGCAACCUCGUUGCCUUCUCGAACCAUCAAAUCAUUUACCGUGACUCAAUUGGCGAGGCCAUAUCUGCACUGACUACACAUCACUCCAUAAAUGGUGACUUUGACAUUGUUGUUGGAGAUCGUAGCGGUAUGAUCACUGCAUUCAAACCUUUUCAAUCGGUACAGUGGAAGGUUAGACUUCCGACCGUGGUCGAACUCAGACGUUUGAGUCUUCAACGUGGUGACACUGAGGAGUCGUCGACGUCGGUGGAUCACACCUCAGUCGCCACCACUCUACAAUCAAGUAGUAGUCAACGUAUUAGAGAUAUAGUGUCAUAUCGUACAGUGGACUCUUAUAAUGUAGAGUGUAGCUAUACAGUGGUCAGUGACAAUACCAAUGCCAUUCACUUUAUUGAUCGUGGCAAUCGUGUCAACACCAUUGAGACACCGGCACCAAUCAAUUGUAUAUGUUCUGGUUACUUUGAUGAUGAUCAACAACAGCAACUGGCAUUGGGAAGUGAGAAUGGAUAUAUAUACUUGGUUGGAUCAGACAUGAAGUUACGAACAUAUUGCAAUGUUGGUUAUCCAAUCACAAAGCUGUACAGAUAUCAAUCAAAGUCAAUCAAUACAAAACAUCAACAUCACAAUGGUAAUGGUAAUGGUCAUGGUAUUAGUAAUGGAAAUGGAGUCAACAACAAAUGCAGUAAUAAUGAUGAUGUUGGACUUGAUUGUUUAUUAUGUAUUGGACACUUCCAUUCAUUGAAAGUAUAUUACAACAAAGAUUUGAUUUGCGAGCAUAUUGCAGAUGAUUGGAUACAUACAUUAUCAAUUGGCGAUGUAAUGAAUAGAGGAGAGGAAGUAAUAGUCAUUGGCAAGUUGAACAACUCUAUCGAAUAUCUCAAGCCAACUGUAACCCAUUAA